AUGGAUGCAUUGACGCCUGACAUUAGGAUAUCAAAGUCUAGUCGGAGUUUUUCUCCUUCACAAAAUCCAAUGCCUAAGAUGGCUAAUAAACCAUGGAAUGCUGCUACUUUUUCUGCUGAUGAAAUUGCCAUGAGCCGAUGUAAAUCACCUGUGGGGUCAUCAGGAAGUAUUCGAGUGGUUCGUCAUGAACGAGGAGGAUCCGCAGACACAGGACUUAUUAGACCUGAUAAUUUAUCAAGUUAUGCAUCCAGUGAAGAACCUAACCCAUCUGGAAACAAUGAAGAUGAUGGUGAUUUAUUUUAUUCAUAUGGUGGAUACAAUGGUGCUGAACUUGCUGAUGAUUCCGAUGGUACAAAAACCAGAGCAGCAAUGGACCAUGUCCGAUCUAAAAUUGUGCGCACCAAAGAUUUGAUACGAAGUGAACAAACAGCAAGAGAUGAUAAUGUCAAUGAGUAUUUAAAAUUGGCAUCAAAUGCAGAUAAACAACAACUGGCUCGUAUUAAGUCGAUAUUUGAAAAAAAAAAUCAAAAAUCUGCUGUUGGUAUAUCACAAUUACAAAAAAAACUUGAAGGUUAUAAUAAACGAUUAAAAGAUUUAGAAACACAUGGGCUCACAACGUCACAUCAUUUGAAACAACCAAAAGAGAUGUUAAGAGAUGUUGGCCAUGGUCUAAGGCAUGUUGGCGGUAAUAUAAGAGAUGGAAUUUCUGGUUUAUCUGGAUCGGUGAUGUCAAAACCACGAGAAUUUGCUCAUCUAAUUCGAAAUAAGUUUGGUAGUGCUGACAAUAUCAAUUCAAUAUCAAGAUCAAGUGAAGCUGAUCUAACUGAAGAUAAUAGUGAUAAACAGAGUGGACGUAACCAUCACGGCAGUGCUACUUUGCCAGGAGGUGUUGGACUUCAUGCAUCAACUGCCGGUGCUGCCGCAUCACGUAGUGAAGACGGUGCUUCAGAAUGCAGUUCUGUGACUAGUGAAUCAAUUCCACCACGAACAGGUCCUGGGGCACCUCCACCUCCUGCAUCUGCAACUACUUCCUUGGAACCAGUUUGGGCCGAAUUAGAUCAUUUACGCUCAAAAAUGGAACACAUUAAACAGUUAGUAUCCAAAGAUAUUGCAUCUUUAAACCAUUCCCUUCAGGAAGAACGCUUUCGUACUGAGCGGCUCGAAGAGCAAAUAAAUGAUCUCACUGAGCUACAUCAGAACGAAGUGGAAAAUCUUAAACAAACCAUCACAGAUAUGGAAGAAAAAGUGCAGUACCAGAGUGAAGAGAGACUUCGUGAUAUUCAUGAAAUGCUUGAAGCGUGUCAAACAAAAAUGUCUAAAAUGGAACAUCAACAGGCACAGCACCAACAGUAUGUCACAUUAGAAGGAUUAGACAAUUCUAAUGCUCGUGCGUUAGUGGUAAAAUUAAUAAAUGUGUUACUCACUGUGCUCCAGGUAGUGUUACUUUUAGUUGCCACUUUUGCUGGCAUUCUGAUGCCAUUUUUAAGAACUCGGUUAAGAAUAAUUACCACAACUGCUGUAGUUGCUGGGUUAUUCAUUGCAGUAAAACAAUGGCCCGACAGUGUCAGCCUGAGUGAUUACCUCAUAAAACAUGGCAAGCAAGCCCUGUUAUCCGUUAAAUAG